GCGUUGCGGGGCGGGCCCGGCGGCGGCGGGCAACGGGAAGGGAGAGCCGGAGCCGGAGCGGCGGCAGGAGUGGGGUGGCGGCAGCCGGGCCGGCCAUGGUGGGCCUCAAGGAGGAGCUGCUGAAGGCCAUCUGGCACGCCUUCACCGCGCUCGACCUCGACCGCAGCGGGAAGGUCUCCAAGUCGCAGCUCAAGGUCCUUUCCCACAACCUGUGCACGGUGUUAAAUGUUCCUCAUGACCCGGUGGCUUUGGAAGAACACUUUAGGGAUGAUGACGAAGGACCGGUUUCCAAUCAGGGUUACAUGCCUUAUUUAAACAAAUUCAUCCUGGAAAAGGUUCAAGGGAACUUUGAUAAAGUUGAAUUCAACAGAAUGUGUUGGACUCUGUGUGCUAAAAAGAACCUCCCGAAAAGCCCUUUGCUGAUCAGUGAUGAAGAUGCAUUUAAAGUGUGGGUUAUUUUUAACUUCUUAUCAGAGGACAAGUACCCUUUAAUCAUUGUACCUGAAGAGAUUGAAUAUCUACUUAAAAAGCUCACGGAAGCAAUGGGAGCAGGCUGGCAGCAAGAGCAGUUUGACCUCUACAAGAUUGCCCUCAACACCAGCCGGGAAGGUCUCUCUGCGUGGGAGCUGAUCGAUCUAAUCGGGAGCGGGCAGUUCAGUAAGGGGAUGGACGGACAGACGGUGUCCAUGGCAGUUAAUGAAGUCUUUAACGAGCUCAUAUUAGAUGUACUCAAACAGGGUUAUAUGCUGAAAAAAGGUCACAAAAGGAAAAACUGGACAGAACGAUGGUUUGUACUAAAACCCAAUAUUAUUUCCUACUAUGUAAGUGAAGACUUAAAGGACAAGAAAGGAGACAUCAUACUGGAUGGCAACUGUUGUGUAGAGGCCUUGCCUGACAAGGAUGGAAAGAAAUGCCUUUUUCUCAUAAAGUGCCUCGAUAAAACCUUUGAGAUCAGUGCCUCUGAUAAAAAGAAGAAACAGGAGUGGAUUCAAGCCAUACAGACCACCGUGAGCCUGCUGCGAGCGGGGAGCCCUCCGCCCCACAAAGAAGCGCGCCAGAAACGGAAAGAACUGCGCCAGAAGCUGUUGGCUGAGCAGGAGGAGUUGGAGCGGCAGAUGAAGGAACUGCAAACGGCCAACGAGAACAAGCAGAAGGAACUGGAGACUGUGAGAAAGCAACUGGAAGCAGCAGCUGCCCGUGCUGCUGAUGAGGAGAAGAAAAGGCUUCAGACCCAAGUCGAGUUACAGGAUCGCUUCAGUCUGGAGCUGGAGAGAGAAAAAAUGGUGAGACAAAAAAUGGAAGAGCAAGUCGCUCAGAAAUCAUCUGAACUGGAACAGUAUUUACAGAGAGUACGUGAACUGGAAGAGAUGUAUAAGCAGCUACAGGAAGCUUUGGAGGUUGAGAAACAGGCACGUCAGGAUGAAGAGACCGUAAGGAAACUUCAAGCCAGGUUACUGGAAGAGGAGUCAGCAAAGAGAGCUGAACUGGAAAAAUGGCACUUGCAGCAGCAACAGACCAUUCAGAUGACAGAAGCAGAAAAGCAGGAGCUAGAAAACCAGAGAAUGAUAAAGGAACAGGCUCUUCAGGUUGCUAUGCAGCAACUGGAACAGCUUGAACUGGAAAGAAAAGAGGCCCUUGAGCAAUAUGAGGAGGUUAAAAAAAAGUUGGAAACAGCAGCUAAUAACACCAGGAGUUGGAAAGACAAAGUAGCUCAUCAUGAGGGAUUAAUUCGACUAAUAGAGCCCGGCUCUAAGAAUCCGCACCUAAUCACAAACUGGGGCCCGGCUGCCUUCACUGAAGCUGAACUGGAGCAAAGACAAAAGAGCUGGAAAGGGAAAAAAACCUCUUCUGAGUAAUGACCAUGGGUGACACACUGUUUGUGAACAGAAGUCCACUUUUGUUCACUCUGCUUUGCACAGAACAGCUUAUUACUCCUUUGAAGAUGCUAGUUUACUCAGCAGGAGGGCCUUUCUACAAAGGAAAUACUGUUUACCACCCUGAAGUGUCUACUAAGAGCUCAGUAACUACACCACUAUGUGCUGUCUGGCAGUACUUGCUGUUUUCCUUCACCUUUCCAGAUAUUCUGUUCCUUUAUGCAAGACUUUUCUACUGAAGAUUUUUAUGUAAGUGCAGCCUGCAACACAGUUAUUUCUAUAAUAGCCUGUAACUUUAUGGCAGCAUCUAACCAAUCAGGCAGCAUCACUCUCAUUUUGAAAAGCAAGGAAAGCAAUUGCUAUACUGGUUCAGUUAAGAUGACUUAAACCUGGGAUAAGUCUAUCCUGAGGACGCUGUCCAGAGCAAUACCUUUUCUUCCUUUCAGUCUCUUUUUGCUUUUUCCUGUCUGGCUGUUGCUCUUCACAUGAGGGUUAGUGCUCAAAUCUGUUAUUCCUUACCGAGAGCAGGCUGGCUUCAUCCCUGGGUGCCCGUUGUCCCUGACUCCUGGCUCCUCUGAUCUGUGUGUCCUCUGGAGGAAUCCACAUAAAAGCAUUGGAAACAGGCAUGUACAAAAUGCUGCUGUAGAACAUUUAGGAAAAGCAGGCAUGCACGACUGAUCUUGUCACUGCCUCCUACCUGAGACUGGCUUAAAAUAGAAUUUAAGAACUUAGACAACUCUAAUGCACUCGAGUCGUGGUUUAAAAGAUGCUCACUUUUGACUUACAGAUUUUUCUGGAGUGCAUGAGUGGAACACAGUGACACAUCGAGAUGAAAUAUCUGCAUCAAACCGACAUUUAUGCAAGAAAUUUGUUGAUAUACCAGUCCUAUCGUUAUAGCACUCCAUUUUGUCUUAUUCUUCAUAAGAGGCCAGAUUCGAAAAAUUUAGUGGAAGAUGAAAACUAAAUUUGACAUUUUUAUUUGAUAUAAAAAGAUGAGUGAGUAGCAGUACUGCUUUAGAAAAAAAAAAUUCCUGUCAAUCAAUGUCGGCAUUACUGGUAAUGAAGAUUUUCCAUAGAGUCUUCUGCUCUGACAGGGAGUUCAGUUUCUGCAGGGAAGGAACGAGUGUGUGAUGUUGCCUAGUAGGUCGCCCACACCAGACCAAGGUCUAACUUAAGUCAUAUUUUGUGCUAAGUUAUACAGGCAUUCUGAGAGUUAAGUCCUGCCUUGGGAAGAGCAGGUGCCCACUGGUGUGGUUUGAUAAUCAGCUUUGAUUUUUGCACAUACACCAAACACAUUCAGCCAUCUUUUAGCAUGUGGUUUUUUGUUCAGCUCGAUAUUAACUGUUAAACUAUCUUUAGUAAAUGAGACGUGAACAUUUUAGAUGGAUAACCAGUGCCUUUGUACACAGCACAGGGCUGCUCAGCUCUCAGAAGAGCAGAAGCUGUACAGAAGCGAUCUUCAGAUUGAGAACACAAUAGCAUUUUCAUUGCCUGUUAACUAGGACUCACUCAAAUACUGAAAUCUUUGCAGACGUUUACUCUUAGGUUCUGUUUUUAUACUAAUUGACAUCGUUAAUGUUUUGGUAAACGGAAUGCUGAUUAAAAUGGAAGGAAAAUCCAGGAUUGUCCUAUUUGUAUUUACUGUACAGAAAAGCAAUAGUUUCUUAAGCUUGCUAACAAGGCAGUUUUAUACUGAUUUUGUUUACAGAAGAAAUGUGAAAAAAAACAAAUCAUAAUGGAAAUACUAAUGUAUACACUGUUAAACUUUGCUAGAUGAAAAGGAACAGUAUUUAUAGCUGCCCAGCGCCUUUCAUGUGGGAUGCAGAAGGUAUACACCUUCUGAGGCUAAACUUGUUAAUUUUUCUAACAGUCUUUAUUUUGGACAAAUAUAUUUUUUUUUAAGAAUACCAAAUGAUGCAUGUUUUCAUAUUUUCUACUGUUCUUUAGAAUUGGCUAUUUAAUAAAAUAAUAAACAUCA